AUGGUGAAGGAGCUGGAGUACUACGAGCUCCUCGGCAUCGUCGUGGACGCGUCCGAGAACGACAUUAAGCGCGCCUACCGCCGCCUUGCGCUCAAGUACCACCCCGACAAGAACCCCGGUGAUAAUGAGGCGGCGGAGAAGUUCAAGAGCAUCAGCCACGCGUACGAGGUGCUUAGUGACCCGGAUAAGCGGCAGCUGUACGACGAACGCGGUAAGGCCGGUCUUGAGGGCGGCAUGGACGAGGGCGGCUUUGACCCCUCCGAUAUCUUCUCCAUGUUCUUCGGCGGCGGGCAACGGCAGCGUGGCGAACGCAAGCCGAGAGACCUCAUGCAUGAGCUCAAGGUGUCGCUCGACGACAUGUAUAACGGCAAGGUGAAGCGCGUCUCGGUGACGCGCGAUCGUCUGUGUGGGGUGUGCGACGGCGGCGGCCUGCGGCCCGGUGCGGAGCGGCGCACGUGUGUUAGCUGCAACGGCCAGGGCGUGCAGGUACACGUGCAGCAGCUGUUUCUCGGCAUGCAGCAGCGCACGCGGGUGACGUGCCAGGCAUGUGGCGGCGAGGGGAAGGUUGUGCGGGAUGUGGAUGUGUGCUCGCGGUGCCGCGGCAACCGCAUUGUGAAGGACCAGAAGGUGCUGGAGGUGCACGUCGAUAAAGGCAUGCAGCACGAGGACGUUGUGCGCUUUGACGGCGAGGGCGACGAGAUACCGGGCGUGCGGCUCAAGGGCGACGUGCUCAUCAUCAUCUCACAGAAGCCGCAUGAUACAUUCCGUCGUGUGGGCAACCAUCUCAUUAUGAACUGCAAUAUCACCCUGCAGGAGGCGCUCUGUGGCUUUCAGUUUUCGGUGCAGCACCUCGAUCGGCGCGCGCUACUGGUGAAGAUUGACCGCGGACAGGUGAUCGACCCCGAGGCGGCGUGGGUUGUGCGCGGUGAGGGCAUGCCGCUACCCAACACGGGCGGGCUGGAGCGCGGCAACCUCAUCAUCCACUUUGAGGUGGAGUACCCGACGCAGCUGAAGCCGAAGCAGUUAAAGAACAUUGCCACUGCGUUUGAUGUGGCGGAGUCGUUCCCGCCAGUGAAUGGAGAGAUUCUGCAACUGCGCGAUAUGGGCGCACGGCGGCAGCGAAAGAGCGGGUCGCAGCGUGAGGGACAGCAGCAGCGGCGGCGGCGGCGACGGCAGGAGGAGACGAUGUUCGGCAUGGGCGAAAGCCAGGUAUUGUUUGAGAACGGCCUCGGCGGGGCGCAGGCGGUGCAGUGCGCGCAGCAGUAG